CUUUGGUACGUCCACUCUCCUCAUGGUCGUACAAAUCAGGGCCAUAACAGCCAAGUUGCCCUUGCCGCCGGUCUCAAUUUGGCAGCGAUCAUUCUUGGAUUUCCCUCGACACCCUCAAGUGAAACCCGAAGCACAAUGGCUGACCAGCUGACCGAAGAGCAGAUUGCUGAGUUCAAGGAGGCGUUCUCCCUGUUCGACAAGGACGGCGAUGGAACCAUCACCACCAAGGAGCUCGGCACGGUCAUGCGCUCUCUGGGCCAGAACCCCACGGAGGCUGAGCUACAGGACAUGAUCAACGAGGUCGACGCUGACGGCAACGGCACGAUUGACUUCCCCGAGUUCCUGACCAUGAUGGCCCGCAAGAUGAAGGACACUGACUCCGAGGAGGAGAUCCUGGAGGCCUUCAAGGUGUUCGACAAGGACGGCAAUGGAUUCAUCUCGGCCGCCGAGCUGCGCCACAUCAUGACCAACCUGGGUGAGAAGCUUACCGACGAGGAGGUCGACGAGAUGAUCCGCGAGGCUGACAUCGACGGCGAUGGACAGAUCAACUACGAGGAGUUCGUCAAGAUGAUGAUGUCCAAGUAAGCGUCCCCUUAGUUUUCGGUUUGAAACGGAGCUCCAUGCUGCACAGCGUUAAGAGGCGCGGGCGUUUGCUCCCUCUUCGCUGUAGUCGGCAGCUCCUAUCGAUCGUAGCUUAAAUAAUUUAGAAACAGCGUGAAAAUUGCUUUGCUGCCGUUGUCGUGCCUUGCACCGUAGUAUUUGGACAUCGGGAUGUGCUCUUAGAACGUGGCAGGAAAACAGUCAAACAAUGCAGGGCGUAGCAUCACGUGAUGCUGGUUGACAGUAGGGCAGGCUCAAGGCCAUCGCGCA